AAAAUAUAUACAGACUCAACAUUCAAAUAUUGUGACUCGACCACCUCCUAUUGGGUUCGCAACCAUCAUGGCCUGCGCUUCAGACAACAAUCUAGAGAGCGUAGAGCUAGCUAUGCAGAUUCCACUACCUAACUCGAGUUCUACACUUGACAUCAACUCUAGUUCCGUCUCUGUUGCACUUCAGUCUGAUAUCCCUAGCGUCGACAACGUAGCAUCUAUUCACAGAAACCAAUCUUCCUUACCUCCAGUAGAUAGAGGUUUUGGUGCUUGGUCUUUUCUGACUGCAGCCUUUUUCGUGGAAGCUAUCGUUUGGGGUUUUCCGACUUCAUUCGGUGUUUUCCUAGAUGCCUACCUGAAUGAUACGAAAUACGCCUCUCAACCAAAGGCAUCGAGCUUACUUCCUCUGAUUGGUCCCGUCUCAACUGGUAUCAUUUACUGCUCUGGUCAGAGUUCGAAGUCUGCUCCGAGUCCUAUCGCCGCUUCUAAUUCCUUUGGAUUAGGGCCUUUCAUCACUCCUGUAAUAACUAGAUAUCCAUAUCAUAAACGUACUUCCAUGUACGUUGGCACAAUACUCUGCUGGGUAUCUCUAUUUGCGGCCAGCUACACCACUCAGGUCAUAAAGCUGGUUGCAUUACAAGGUGCCUUGUAUGCAAUCGGAGGAUCAUUACUCUACAUUCCCUGCAUUUCCUAUUUAUCCGAGUGGUUUCAUCAUAAACGCGGAUUCGCCAAUGGCGUGGUUUUUGCCGGAACAGCAGUAGGAGGCAUCCUCCUCCCCCUCAUCUUACCCCCGUUAAUAUCCUCCUAUGGUCCUCCAAAAACAUUGCGAAUUCUAUCCAUCGCAAUAGCUCUUCUUAUUGUACCACUACUUCCCCUGAUUAAGGGCCGUUUGCCUGAAUCCCGCAUUCGAGCCAUGGGACCAACACCACGGGGACGAGGAAACGCAGAGUGGACGAAGAGCAUAUCGUUCUGGAUUUUAGUGCUUGCAAAUACUUUCCAAGGAUUUGGGUACUUCGUGCCGAUUGUUUGGCUUCCUACGUUUGCCAGUGAUUUGAAUCUCAACAGUUCAACUUCGUCAAUUGCUUUGGCACUACUCAACUGUGGUUCUGUUAUAGGUCGACUAGCUACAGGAUACCUUUCAGAUAAGAUCAAUCCCUGGUUCUUAGGACUCUCAAUAUUAGCUUCCACCUCUGCGGCCACGUUCAUACUUUGGGGUGUUCUAUCAUAUGAUUUGGCUGGAUUGCUAUCGUUCAGUCUAGCUUAUGGAAUUCUUGCUAGCGGCUGGACGAGCACAUGGAACGGGUUUACAAAGCCUCUGAGUCCCAACGAUCCGAAUCUCUCCACCACUCUUUUCGGAGUCCUACUUUUCUCUCGUGGUAUAGGAAAUAUAUUCUCCACACCCAUUUCUUCUGCGUUGACAAGCUUGCACUCUAACUCUACAACUUCAUCUUUCACACAUACUUCCAACCACCUUGGCUUUGACGUCGGCGGGGGAAAGUUUGAGAAAAUGAUUGUGUAUGUAGGAAUGUGUUUCGCUGGCGCUGCUUUGAUCGCAUUGGUGGGUUGGGUAAUGGAUGCAGCGAUACGACGUAGAUCAUUUGGAAGGCAAGAGCAACAAAGUUGA